GACGUGCAGACGAAAUUAUUUGCGUAAACUGACACAUUUUGAUGUAAAAUUGGGCACCUGUUACAUCAAAAUGGAGGUUAACAGCGAAGGAAAGGCAAAAAUGCCUAAAGUCGCUAAGGUGAAGAAUAAAAUGCCAGCUCCAGUCCAGAUUACAGCAGAACAAUUACUGCGUGAAGCCAAAGAAAGAGAGUUGGAACUUGCAGCUCCGCCUCCAAAGCAGAAGAUCUCUGAUCCAGAUGAGCUGGCAAACUACCGUCUUAAAAAAAGAAAGGCAUUUGAAGACAACAUCAGAAAAAAUCGUGGUCUGAUGACAAACUGGAUUAAAUAUGCACAAUGGGAAGAGAGCCAGAAAGAGAUCCAAAGAGCUCGGUCGGUGUGGGAGAGAUCGUUGGAUGUAGACCACAGAAACAUCACUGUCUGGCUCAAAUACGCUGAAAUGGAGAUGAAGAACCGUCAGAUCAACCACGCACGUAACCUGUGGGAUAGAGCAGUGACGAUCUUACCCCGAGCCAAUCAGCUAUGGUACAAGUACACCUACAUGGAGGAGAUGUUGGGCAACAUCGCAGGUACACGGCAGGUGUUUGAGCGCUGGAUGGAAUGGGAACCUCAUGAACAGGCCUGGCAUUCUUACAUCAACUUUGAACUGCGUUGCAAAGAACUGGACAGGGCCAGAUCAAUCUAUGAACGAUUUGUUAUAACUCAUCCUGAAAUUAAAAACUGGAUAAAAUAUGCCAAGUUUGAGGAGAAGAAUGGCUACAUCAACAGCAGCAGGAAGAUCUACGAACGAGCUGUGGAGUUCUUUGGGGAGGAAAAUAUGGAUGAGAAACUGCUGAUUGCGUUUGCGAAGUUUGAGGAAACCCAAAGAGAGCAUGAUCGAGCGCGGGUCAUCUAUAAGUAUGCAUUAGACCACCUUCCCAAGGAACUGUGCCAGGAAAUUUACAGGUUUUACACUGUCCACGAGAAGAAAUUUGGGAGCCGGGCAGCCAUUGAGGAUGUCAUUGUCAACAAAAGACGUUUCCAAUAUGAGGAGGAGGUGAAAUCUAACCCAAUGAACUAUGAUGCCUGGUUUGACUUUCUGCGACUGUUAGAGGCGGAACAGGACAUAGAACAGAUUCGGGACACCUACGAGAGAGCCAUAGCAAAUCUACCUCCAACACAGGAGAAGCGUCAUUGGCGUCGUUACAUCUACUUGUGGAUUAACUAUGCUCUCUUUGAGGAGUUAGAGGCAGAAGAUAUGGAGAGAACCCGCCAGGUGUAUAAAGCUUGCCUCGAUAUUAUACCUCACAAGAAGUUUACAUUCGCCAAGAUCUGGCUCUCCUUCGCUCAGUUUGAAAUUCGGCAGAAAAAUUUGCAACAGGCCAGAAAAAUUUUGGGCACAGCCAUUGGGAAAUGUCCCAAAAACAAGCUGUUCAGAGGUUACAUUGACCUAGAAAUCCAGCUCCGAGAGUUUGAGAGGUGUAGGAUUCUGUAUGAGAAAUUUCUGGAGUUCAACCCAGAGAAUUGUACAACAUGGAUGAAAUAUACAGAGCUAGAGACCAUCCUGGGAGACAUUGACCGUGCCCGUGCUAUAUAUAACCUGGCCAUAAACCAACCUAAGCUGGACAUGCCUGAGGUUCUGUGGAAAGCCUUCAUUGAUUUUGAAAUUGGUUUGGAAGAGUAUGAGAACACUCGUGCCUUGUACAGGCGCCUGCUUGAGAGGACACAACAUGUCAAGGUUUGGGUCAGCUUUGCCCAGUUUGAGCGUUCCACUGAGGAAGACAAUGCUAUUGCCAAUGCCCGGCAGGUUUACCGUGAAGGUCAUAGGUCACUGAGAUCUCUAGAAGACAAAGAGGAGAGACUAAUGUUACUGGAGGCCUGGGUAGAGUUUGAGCAAGAGGUUGGGGAUUUGAAGUGUAUUCAGACAGUACAGAAACUCAUGCCACAAAAAGUGAAGAAGAGAAGGAAGAUCCAGACUGAGGAUGGGACUGACGCUGGCUGGGAGGAGUACUACGACUACAUCUUCCCUGAUGAGGAGGCCGCUCAGCCCAACCUUAAACUGCUGGCCAUGGCCAAGAAGUGGAAGGAGAAGCAGGAGCAGAGCAGUGAUGAGGAGGAGGAUGAGGAAGAUGAUGACGAGGAUGACAAGGCAGGGCAGAGUUCUCAGGAGCAGCCAAGCUCUUCACAGGAUGCUCUGCAAGCGAAGACAACGGAGGAUGCUACAGGAGGAAGCAGUAAAGGCAGCAGUGAGAGCGAUGACAGUCAGGAGGCUGAAUCGACAAGUGAAGACACCAGUAACAGGGUUUCUGCUUUUAAGGAAGAAGAUGAAAGAGUAGAUGUUUCAAUAGUAAGCAAAACAGGGGAUCCUGAGGGAAAAGACACUCAGGACAGGGGAAAGGAUGGAAGCGGUGUUACAAAAGUUGACCAAGAGAAAGUAAAGGAGAUCGAGGUGGGAUCAAGAAGAGAUUCAAGAAAAUAUCCAAAGCAGACAACUGACAGUGAGGAUGAAGAUUCUGAGAAGGAGGAUGACGAGGAUAGAAGGAGAAGGGGCAAGAGAGGAGAGCAGGAUACCAGAGACAGAAGGUCAGGGGAAAGCAGGCAUCGAGAAGAAAAUAGCAAGCGACAAAAGCGGCGCAGACGAAAGUCCAGUAGUAGCAGUAGCAGUAGCAGUGGGAGCAGUAGUGACAGUAGUAGUAGCAGUAGUAGUUCAGGUGAAGACAGUGACCGUGAACGCUCAUAGCAUCAGCUCCUGUGGGUUACACAUACAUGUACAUAAUCGUUGCCACUCUGACAUCAUGUUGCCACUCUCACAUCAUGUUACCACUCUCACAUCAUGUUACCCGUCAUGUCCAUACCAAAUACUGAUCAACACAAGUCACAUAGCUUAAGUCCUGUUCAUGCUGUUUAGGGUAUGACUGUCAAAUCUAUCACAGUACAGUAUGAGGUUUUUCUAUCAGUGUGGAGUCCAACACUUACAUGUAUGUCUAUUGCAUGAGUCAUGUGUAAAGUUCAAAGCUGAUUCCGGAUGAGAUGUCCAUCCGUGUGAUCAAAAUGAUAUUGAUAUAACAUAAAAAGUCAUCCAGUAUCUUUCCAGUAUAGCUUUAUUUAUACCACCUGUGAAGUGAACGACAGCUGAAAUAAAUGUGAGAUGUGAUCUGUUCUAGAGCAGAAUUCAACCUUGUCAUCAGCUGCGAUUAUUCACUGUGUAAUAUCACACUUACAGCCCAGUACAAGAAUGACAAAUUAUUCAGGUUACAAAUAUAGUUUCUCUUGGCCAUUCCAAUCAGUAUGACCACCGUAUUAUCUAUGUGUGAAGAUAGUGCUUGAUGCUCCAAAACUUCAAACAUACUUGGUAACUUUAGUAGAUUUAAGUCAUUUCCACAAAUUGUGAAAAUAGAUCAUCCAUACAAGAGCAUUAGACAGAUUAAUAUUUUCAUGUCAACUCCUACUCCACAUCCACCAUCUCAUUCACAGGCUGUAUCUACAUAUGUCUCUGUGAGCCCUGAGGCACAAGGCAUUCCUUGUUUUUGUUCUUGAUAAUGAAACUCUUAGUAUAUUUUCCAUCAUAACAGAAUUUUUUGUAUGAAUUUUUUUGGGUUGAGUCUCUACCAUUAUUUCAGAAUGUUUCCAUUUUGUAAAAUUGUGUAAAUAAAAAAAAUCAAUAAUUUUUUCACUACAUAUUUUCAGGUCUCACUAUGUUAAACGACGUUGUAGACUUACUGACAGGUAGGUGAAUUUCUUCAGUUGUAGAGAGUGGCAAAGGUUCAUGUAGUGACUGAGAAAGGUCAUACACAUAGGAGGUGGACUUAAAUUCAACCAUCUGGAUAACAUAUUGUAGCCCAGGCUGGUCAAGUCAAC